AUUACUGUGUCAGUCAAUCAGAGCUUCUUGAUUAUUACCUACUGCCUAAAUAUUCAGUUUGUGGCAUGUCUUUGGUAACUCUUCACCACUCUGUCCCCACAUUUUAGAUUCCUUUCCUACAUGUCAAUCCAUAACGAGAUAAAGGCUAUCAUCCUCAGGGCUUUGCCCAGUCUGACUGAGGAGAUUCGAGAACAUGUCAUCACUUCACUUGAACGCUCAGGUGUGGAAUCUAUAGAAGACCUCGUAUAUGUACAACAGGAAGAUCUCAAAGAUGUCCUGCCUAUUAUACAGCAAAGGAAACUUUUGGAGGCAUUUAAACUUGAAACUACAAAAGUCACACUUGAUCUCCAAAUAUUGCCAGAUGAGUCAACAGAUACAAGUAUGUCUUCACUCUCCAGUCCACAGCCUUGCACAUCUUCAAGCUCAAGCUCUUCACAAGCAUCAACACCUUGUACUUUAAGCAAGGCAAGCCAAUCACCCAACAUAUCCAGUAAGUGGUAUGAAAAUUUUGAGAUUCCUUGGGAUAAAAUGCCUGUGGAAGUGCAGUCAGCUAUUGCCAACAGCAAGCGCCCUGCUCCUGACAAGCGACGCCAGAUGAUACGAAUCCUAGCUGAUGAAAUCAGGAAAUGUGAGAAUAACCCCACACGCAAUGAAUGUCUCAUCAUCUUCCGCAACAUUGUUAAGCAUUUCCCCAACAGUUUUGCAGAUAUGACACCAAGCGGUGUCAUCAUUGGUAGUGGAUGUACUUCACUGCUUUGUCAAUUAAAAACAAGAAUUGAGAACAUGAACCGUGCAGGGACAAAGAACAGACUCCGAACUUCAAAAGUGCCUGGACAACUGCAUCAGAGGCCAAGUGAUUCUUAUGGAUGCACACAAUUUAACCCUGAACUCCCACCAGAAGAAACAUAUGAAACACUGGAGCAGAAGAGGCAACAGUUGGAGACCAUUUAUAGACAAGAAGGUAUUCGCAGUGGUGUGAAGGGGGAAGUGAUUAACCUUAUGAAAACAACAUUCUGUCUUCAGCGUAGACACAUAAAUCAGGCUCCAUCACCGUCCAUCGAAGAUAUGAGAAUCCAGUGGCCUUACCUUUUUACACAAAGAGGUAUCUUCAUUCACUUCGAGUUACUAACUGACAUUAACGUGUUACGUGUCUUGGACCUAUCCAUUAAGGAAUGUGGACAGGGAAUCAGGAAGUACCUGCAGACCAAAUCAAAGAACAAAGAUGUGCAGUCUAUCGUCACCCAGGAUGAAGAUGGAGAGUUGACUCUAAUACAGCUGCUGAUGGCCUACUUCGAUGAAGGGAUAGAGGGACUAAUACUCCGUGCUGAUAUAUGUUUAUUUACAUUUACAUAAUACUUGCUAUUACUGGGUUUGUUAUUCUGUCAUUUAUAAUUUUUAUACAAUUGUCUGUGUUCUGCAGAUAUCUGCCACAGCAGCAGAUGUUGAGAGCACCCUGACCAUCCCCGCCUCUCCACGACUGAUACUGCUGUUUGCCGGUGAUGAAGCCACAAUUGGAGGAUGGAUGAUCACCAUCGAAAAUAAUGUAAUCUGUGAAGGCGUCGACCAAAGCUUCAUCACAGGGCUAGCUGCAGUUUUCUCUACUUACUACAUCUUUAAUCUACAGUAUCAAGAAGAAACUUCAAGGACCCUGGAGUUUGU